AUGUGAAUUAAAGCACCAAUGUCAAGUUCAUCAAAAUAAUGCUCAAUAUAAAGGUUAAGCGAUUAUAGUGUAAACAAAGUUGAUUUAUAGUAACAUAACAUAGUAAAAAACAAUAUUAAUAUGUCUCAAGACGUUGUUAAAAUGAAACAAGGUAUGUCUUAUUCAUGCAAAGAAAAAAAAAUCAUUCUAAAUGUAUUUAAAUAUUUUCGUAAAAUUCACCCUGACAAAGGAGUUACAGAAAUAGUAAGAUAUACUUCGAGUGCCACAGGUUGUAGUGAAAAAAGCAUUUUUCGAUUUCGAAAGGAAGAAACUAGCCCAGAAGGAUUCAAAGAGCCAUCAAAAACAAAAAUUAGAAAAAAUAUUAAUAUUAACAGUAGAUUUUUAAAAUAUGAUGAGUCUGUAAGGGAACGCAUAAAAUGUAUUAUUAAUGAUUUAAGAAGUAAAAAUAUUACACCAACACUUAGUAUAAUUCUCAAAAAUGUCAAUACCAACGAUACGUUACCAAGUUUUUCUUUAAUGACCCUAAGGAGGUUAUUAUUUGAUAUGGGAUUUAGGUACGAGAAGGAAAAAACUACCAAUAAACCAGUAUUAGUAGAAAUUAGUGACACUAAAAUUAAAAAAAAUGAAGAUAUCAAACAGAAUGUGUCAGAAACUCCUCCUACUAAUAGUAAUUUGCCAAAAGAUACUGCUGUUAAUAAUGAGAAUAACCAACCAUUAAAUCAACAUAGACCAGAAGUAGUUCCUCAUAAUCAAACUUAUGUACAAAAUCAAAACCAGUUAUAUUUAGGAUAUCAUGAAAAUUCAGUAGUUGAGGGAAUUCCUCUAGGUUUUCAGCACACAAUGAUGUUAGGUCAUAGAAUGUCACAUUCCAUACAUACAAUGCCACAUAAUGUGGGAUUUAUGCAUCACUGAAUAUCUGUAACGACAAUAAUAAACUGAGUUCACAGUCUGUAGUAAUAUGUCUGCAGCUAUAAGGGUACCAGUUCGACCAACACCAGCGCUAUUAAAUAAACGUUUAUUUAUAUAUUUUUUAAUACAAAGGAUUCCAGUAUUUUCUAUAAAUUUGUAACAAAAUAAAAUAUAGAAUACUUUUUGUAUAUUGAGUUAAAACGUUCCGCGUGAUCAUGGAAAUUGUUCUUUACACUAAAAUUGGUUUAAAAAGA